CUUGCUAAUUAGUCUGCGUUGAUAUUCCCGUGCUGAGGGUUUGCUAGCGGCCCGGCGAAACGGAUUAAUUUAGCGGAUCACCCUUAACUCAAGUUAGCCCUUCUCGUUGAUCUAAGAAUACCUCCAAUGAUACGAAUUCAUACUGGACUGCAUUCCGGUGUUGGCAAAAGCCACUCGAUCAGUGGUCGUCCCCGUCAUGGUUUGCGUGUAAGCAGACCUAUUCGUCAGCCUCGCCUGGGUGUGUGCGCCUUCAAAGACUGGUUCAGUGGUCUAGUUCAGCAACACAAGGAAGUGGCACAGCCGCCGCAGCCGGUUUCGCAGACCGCCACCAUUCCGGAGCAGUUGCUCCCAUCGCAAUCCCAAGCGCAGCCCCAGGCGCAGACCGCACCGUCGAAACUUCCGCCGAAGCGGGAUUUUCUUGAGGCUCGACAGGUGUCCCUGUUCCAACUGUUCGACUCGUCCGAUUACAAGUUCGACAUUCCAACCUACCAACGGCCGUACGCGUGGCGCACCAAGCAGAUAUACGAGCUGCUGCAGGACUUUAAAAAGGCGUACGACUCACGGCAGGAGUACUUCUUGGGUGCCAUUGUAGCCACGCGAGCUGCGGAUGGUGCUGAUGUGCCGUACCAGCUGAUAGACGGUCAGCAGCGGUUGACCAGCCUGGUGCUGCUGCUGGCCUUCCUGCAUGGCUGGGCUCGGCACCAGGGCAAUGAUGGGCUGGAGGGCCGCAUCCGGAGGAUGCUGUACUUGGAGGCUGAUCCCCUGGAGCUGGGGAGCAAUGGAAGGUACCGUCUCCGUCUUCGAGAUUCUGACGACCAGUUCUUCCGUGAGAAUAUUCUAGACGCCUUCCUCCCGCAGCGGUACCGCCUGACGGGUCUGGCGGCAGCGGCGACCACAGCUGCUGGCGGCGGCGACGACGGCUCGGAUGCAGCUGAUGCCGUCGGCUUCGACGGUGACGGCGACACCGAGGUUAAGCCAUUGGAGAAUGAAACCUGGUGGCGGUUGUACGACAAUGCGACGUUUCUUCGGAGCCAGUUGGAUAAGAUGGUCUCGGAGGGGCUCAAUCUGCAGGACUUUGCCUUCCACGUGCUACGCAACUGCUUUGUGGUGAUGAUGGUGGCCCGGGAUGAAGGCGCCUCCUUCCGCAUCUUCUCCACCCUGAACGGCAGGGGUAUGGACCUGUCCGUUGUGGACAAGCUCAAGGCUGACCUGCUGGCCGGGGAUUUGAGCCCCGUGGAGCGCUCCCAUUUCGCCGAUGCCUGGGCUGAGAUGGAGUCCGUGCUGGGUCGCGCCUCGUUCCACCGGGUGUUUGACCACAUGCGGGAGCUGGCGGCCGUGAGCGACCCGCAGGUCAGGGAGACGUCGGUGCUGGAGUACUUCACGCGGCGGGUGGAUGACCCCAGCGCCGUGAAGCAGGUAGGUGGGUACCUGACGGGGCGUGGCGGAGUUGUGGGCGGAGGGGUAGAAAAAGGGAGGACGGUUCUCCAAGUUGCACUGGACUACGGCCGACUGCUGUUACAGCUCCGUCAAGCCUCCUGGGCACCCCCCGAGCUGGCGGCGCUGCUCGCGGAAACACCCACAGAACCUGCAGUUGAUAAGAUUGCCGGCAACACUUCACUGGAGCAAAACCUAGCUGAGGUCUCGCCGCUAGGCCAGCAGAAGCAGCAGCAGCUGGAGGCGGCGGGCAACAUAAUAUCGGCUAUGGUCAUAGGGUCGGUUUCGGAGGAGGUCACAGCUGCUCUGGGACCGGAGGAUGAGAACCGGCACUUAGAGACCAUGCACGAGCAGCACCGCAAGUGGCUGAUGGACAGUAAUGCCGUCAUCGUCGGCGGUGGCGGCGGCAGUAUCGACGACGCAGGAAUGGCGACGGCGGUGGAGGUGACUGAUUUGGUGGAGCAGCACCAGCACCAAGGGCAAGAGGAGGGUUCGACGUUGAUGUUCCGGUUCGACGAGCCGGCUGCGGCGACGCCGGUCGCCACCACAGCCGCUGAUGCGGACGUUGGCGAUGGCGGCGGCUGGGCGGCGACGGUAACGGAGCAGCACGAGGUGGCUCCUCAAUGCGCACCUGCAGAGGCGGCGGCGGCGGCGCUGGUGGCGACACCAAUAGACGUUGAAGGCUUUAUGGAGAAGGUUGUGGGAGAGGAGCAGCAGCAAACACAGGGAACGGUCGUCAACAUUGAGCCCCCUCCUUCGUACUCGCUGUCCGCUUCAUUCCUCUCCGCAUCCGUAGAACAACAGCAGCAGCAGCAACAACAACCUCCGCACCAGGAUUCUGCAGUCAUCCAGCUGCACCAGCACCGGCAGGAGCUUCAAUCAGAUGUGGACGAAGUAGCAGGUAUGGUGACGGUGUUGGAGAAGCCUGUGGAGGAGGCGGAGGCGGGGGCAGUAGCACCACCAGCAGCAGCAACAGAGGGGGAGGAGGGGGAGCGGCAGCAACUGCAUGACGACGACCUGGGACUAGGGGCCCAGCGCCAGGCUGCGCUGCUUGCCGAGCUGGACACACGUAGUCGGCACCUGAACAUGUUCGCGGAUGAGUCUUGGCUGCCGCCGUUGUUGGAGUUCUUCUACCAGACAGAGGACCUGGCGGCUAGGGCAGCGUUCAUGAAGGGUGCCGAGGCGCUGCAGCUGUUACUGGAGCUUCAGGGGGAUCCGGCGUUGAAGGCGGAGCGGUGGGGUCUGGUCUCGCAGGCGUUACUGCAACGACCCUUCCGGCCAGAGCAAGUGCUUGGUGCGUUGCGACUGAGUGACGAGGAACGGCAGAUGUUCAGGGCCCGUUUGGACGCCAAAGAUCUGUACGGCACAACAGACCAGCGCACCUUGCGGCAUUUGCUUGUCAGGUGCGAGCCCCCUUCCGUGUGCCGCUCAUUGAUGAGUCCGGGAGGUCUGGGGGGCCUUAUUGUGGAGCGAGUGGUGCCGCAAACAGCCCCCGAGGGCUCAACUUGGCGUAAGACGCGGAUCUCGUCACCUUGUGAUCCGCAUUCCGCCUGGCCCGACCCAUGGUUCACUGCUGCGGCACGCACCGCCGGCACGGUCACCGCCGCGUCUGAAGGGGAGCAGCCGGCGGAGGCAGUAACAGCAGGACAAGAUGUCGCCACCUCUGCUAGCGCCGUGCCCUUAUCGUACGAGGUCAAGUAUUGGUACGAGGUACAGCGCCUAAACUGGCACGGGAAAUUGGGCAACUUGGUGCUGCUGCCUGCUACUACUGCUACCGCUGCUUCUGCUACAGCCGACUAUGACGCCAAAGUGGGGCUUUGGCGGCAAGCGGGCGUCGCGUCGCGGUUGCCGGGUUUCACGGGUCCGUUGGUGGACGAGCGUGGUCGGUACGGCAGGUUCCGCUUUUGCCACGACGAGUGCCGUCAGCGCCACGCAGAUAUGUUGGAGUAUCUGAUCAACGAAUUUGAGCUCUGAAGCAUGCUGGUGAUGGCGACUGUAGCAGUGGCGGGUGGUACUGUAGCGAUAUGUGAGCGUCAGCGGCACGCCCAGCACUGUACAAUUUAAUAGUAUACCGUUGGAGAACGACAUGGCUGCAGCAACUCCAUGGGAUCGUUACCGUUGUAUCUGACCUACACUACACUAGGUCUCUUCGGCUGGCUACUGCUUGGCCAUAUCGUAUUAAUAUUUCAGCAGCAGCGGCUCCAUGCCAGCGAAGGCACUCGGGGCCAAAGCGGUUCUGAGCUGACGCGUCUGCUGGAAGAUUCCUAUCUGUGUGAUGGCGGGAGUGAGUGUUUCUUGUAUUUUUGAGGAUUUUCGGCGCGGGCGAAGGCAGCAGCAAGCUUUACAACGGCGUUUUUCCCGGUUUUACAGGGCGAUUGACGCGAGGAGAGAUGUCGGAAUUGAAGUUUUGAUCUGAAUUGUGGUUGUUCGAAGAGGGAGGCUUUAUCGUUAUCGGUGAAGUGGUUGCUGUUGUCAAGCUCUCCUGUCGCGUCGUGAACAUCAAGUGACAGUGUGCUGGUCAUGUUUUGUGCUAUAAACAUUCUGCCUAUAAGCACAUAUCAUCGGCGUUAUAACGGUGAUUAUGGGAAGAUGAGUAAGCUUGGAUAUAUGCAGCCAUUACUAGAAAAAUACCGCUAUUGUGAGUAGACGUCAUAGACAGCUACGUUAUAUACGCUACGCAUGGAAAUCUUAUGUACACGUUGCUGAAAGGAGAAGCAUCU